UGUCCCUAUAAACUAAUAUAAACUAUAAAUAUCUCUACAACCUGUCUCUCUCUCACUCUCUUGCCGUGUCCAUUUUUUUCUUCUCCUUCUUUGUAAAAUUACUACUACCAUUCAAUUAUUGAAUUUCACUACAGAAAUUCAUCAGCUACAUUAAAAACACAGACUAUUAGGGUUUUCUUCUAUUUCUAUUGAAAAAAAAUUUGAAGCUAGCUUUGAAAAAGAAAAAAAAAAAAAAAAAUGCUAGCAGCGGCUGCAGUUGCUGCUGCAGCAUCGAAGAGCCUUAGGGCUCCAUUGCUCGUACAGCGCAAGUUUCUGUAUCCAAAUACUACCACUACUUUCUUGCAUUCAUACCAUUCUCCUCUUCGUAAUUUCAAUCUCAGAACAACAACAACAACAAGAACAACAAAUCCCUAUCCUCUUACCUAUCAUGUCAAGGCUUUUCUUUCCGAUUCACCUUCUUCUUCGUCUUCCGGCCGAGCAGGCAACAGAGCUUAUCCUCUACAUCCAAGUUUUAUGGUGAAUGGGCGCAUUUCGUUCUCGACUUCGACUCCGAAAACUAGUACUACUACUACUACUACGGAUGAGAAUAAUAAUGAUAAUAAUAAGAAUGAAGCGAAACUCGUGAAGUCGGCUUCACAGGACAGAGUUGCUGAUAUUAACAUCCUGCGCACUCUUGCCACUUACAUUUGGGUUAAAGACAACUUCGAAUUCCGUCUCCGGAUCAUCACUGCCUUGGCCUUUCUCGUUGGUGCCAAGGUUGUGAAUAUUCAGGUGCCUUUCCUCUUCAAGCUUGCUGUUGAUUGGCUAACGACCUAUUCCAGCAAUGCUGCUGCUCUCGCUUCCUUCACAACCGCCAAUCCAACUGCUCUGGCUCUUUUCGCCACCCCAGCUUCCGUUUUGAUUGGAUACGGGAUUGCGCGGGCGUGUUCUUCUGCUUUCAACGAACUGAGGACUGCCGUGUUUUCUAAGGUGGCCUUGCGAACAAUUCGAACAAUAUCUAGGAAGGUGUUUGCUCAUUUGCAUGACCUUGACCUUCGAUAUCAUCUUAGUCGAGAAACGGGUGGAUUAAAUAGAAUUAUCGAUCGUGGAAGCCGUGCUAUAAACUUCAUUCUCUCAGCUAUGGUGUUCAAUGUUGUACCCACCAUCUUAGAGAUAUCUAUGGUAUCAGGAAUUCUGGCAUACAAAUUUGGAGCACCUUUUGCAUGGAUUACUUCGCUCUCGGUUGCUGCAUAUAUCGUUUUUACAUUAUCAGUGACACAGUGGAGGACAAAAUUCAGAAAGGCUAUGAAUAAAGCUGAUAAUGAUGCAAGUACAAGGGCAAUUGAUUCACUUAUUAAUUAUGAGACUGUCAAGUACUUCAACAAUGAAGCUUUUGAAGCUGAUCAAUAUGAUGAGUACUUAAAGAGGUAUGAAGAUGCUGCUUUAAAAACACAACGUAGCCUUGCAUAUUUGAACUUCGGCCAAAAUGUAAUAUUUAGCACGGCUCUUUCAAUAGCUAUGGUGUUAUGUUCAAAUGGAAUUAUGAAUGGCGAGAUGACAGUUGGUGAUUUGGUCAUGGUGAAUGGACUUCUCUUCCAAUUAUCUCUUCCACUGAAUUUUCUUGGUAGUGUUUAUCGUGAGACCAUACAGAGUAUUGUUGAUAUGAAGUCCAUGUUUCAGUUGCUGGAGGAGAGGGCUGAGAUUAGUGACAAAGAUGAUGCAAAGCCUCUUAAGUUGGAUGGAGGGAGCAUUCAGUUCAAUAAUGUACACUUUGGCUACCUGACAGAAAGAAAGAUUCUUGAUGGGGUUUCUUUUGUUGUACCAGCUGGGAAAAGUGUGGCAAUUGUCGGAACCAGUGGCAGUGGCAAGUCGACCAUUCUUAGAUUGCUCUUCAGGUUCUUUGACAUCAAUUGUGGAAGUAUAAGGAUAGAUGGUCAAGAUAUUCGUGAGGUAACUCUAGAGAGUCUACGGAAAUCUAUUGGUGUUGUGCCACAAGAUACGGUACUUUUCAAUGACACAAUAUUCCAUAACAUUCAUUACGGCUGUCUUUCAGCAACAGAAGAAGAGGUGUAUGAUGCCGCUCGACGUGCAGCAAUUCAUGACACUAUCAUGAACUUCCCGGAGAAAUAUUCUACUGUUGUGGGGGAACGCGGGCUGAAGCUAAGUGGUGGUGAGAAGCAGCGUGUCGCUCUAGCUCGUGCAUUUUUGAAAGCACCUGCAAUUCUAUUGUGUGAUGAAGCUACAAGUGCACUGGACAGCACAACAGAAGCGGAGAUUUUAAGUGCAUUGAAGUCCCUAGCAAAUAAUCGAACUUCAAUAUUCAUUGCUCAUAGGCUUACCACUGCAAUGCAAUGUGAUGAGAUUGUAGUUUUGGAGAAUGGGAAGGUCGUUGAAAAUGGACCCCAUGAAAUUCUCUUAUCGAAGGCAGGAAGAUAUGCACAGUUGUGGGGACAGCAAAACAACACUGUGGAUGCAUUUGAUACAGCCAUCACCUUGAAGUCAUGACCUUGAAACAGAAAAAUGAAAGAAACAUUGUAUAAGAAAAUGGAACUUAUAUAGUUUCUUUUUUUGUCUAUUUUACCCUUUGACUAUACUUUGCAUAAACAAUUUUCAAGUUGACAUAUAUUCAAAAAAAUGACUAUGAAGUGCAUUUAGGUGCUUUGGGCAAUUGAUGGGUGAUUGCAUCUAUGUCUCACCAGUGCAAUUUGAGGUGACAUUUUUGUACUCAAAUUUUGUAAGUUGGGCAGGGAUUGGACUGGGUGGACUAGUGAUGAAGACUGCUCAGGAUUAAAGUUUAAUUAAAUCCAUUCAUACAUUUUCUGUAUCAAAGGGGAAAGGAACUAAGAUUUUAUGUCAAUUGUUAUCGGAACUGACAACUUCUUGGUCA